AGGAACCCAGGACCCAGAGUCGUUACUUGCAAAGUAUUCUCAAGUACGGGGGAAACUAGGAUAAACCCUGCAUAUAUUAAUAUUUCAGACACGUAGCAAAUGUACCGGUGUAUCUACCGUUCUCACCCAGCCGUUGACCUUGUGUGCCUUGCUUCAAUGCCUGAUUGGCAUGCGCCAGAUUUUGGGAUCAGGUCCCAUGGACAUUAUUCCCAGGUUCGUGGAUGCAUCGAUGAGUCGGACGAGUGUCCGGGCACCGGUGUACCAUGAUUGGGUGAGUAGUUGCAUGUUCAUGAGGUCAUUAAUUGCCUUCGUGCCUUUUCGAUGUUCACAAUGUAGAU